CGCCAUCUCGUUAGCCGAGCGCUCGGCUGCCCCUGCAGGCAUGGAGGAAACCGGGGGCGGCGGUAACCGGGAGCCGCGUGCAGGAGGGGGCGCACCGGGGAGCCGCGGAGGAGAGCAGCGGGCAUCCAAAGAGCGAGGUGUGAGCGCUGGUGUCCCUCCGAUGGUGGCAGUGCCGCUCCGUUACCGCAUCAACACGGCGUGGAGGGAAUCCACGGACUGGCCUUGUCCGUCUGUCUCUUGUCCCGCUGUCUGUCCAUCCCAGCAUGGUGGAACUGCUGGCUGCCGCGUGGCCGAGCUCCAGAAGGCGUCGAGGCGUUCCCUGCCGUGUGCGGGCAACAAUAACUGAUGCCCAGGUUGCCCCUGCCCGGUGGCCGCCGGCUCGUCUUUCCGUCCAUCAAGGACAGCUUUAAUUACCCCCGGAGUCUCCCCGCUGCCGGAUCCGGUUCCCAUCAAUGAUUCAUGCCCUGCUGUGGGAAGGGGUUCCUCGGCUGCUGGGCUGAGACCGGAGGGAUUUUCCGACCUCUCCAGUAUUAAACUGGUGCGGACGGCCCUGGUGGCAGUUGGAGGUGCACAGGGUGCCCCGUGGGGUGAGUGAUGGGGUUUGGGAGCACAGCGUGGGAAAGCUUUGGGGGCAGAGGCAGCCUGUAGGUUUUGGGUCUCUGGAUGUCACCCACUGCAGCCCAAUGGGGGUCAGGGACCCAUCGGGCUCUGGGGAAGGGCAGAAUCCCUUCCACGUGUGCAUCCCAGCUCCCUGUGGCUGCUGCCCCAUGGAUGGAGCGCUUUGUCACACCCCACAUCUGAUCCAGCAGCACAGGGAGGUGUGCCAGCAGCCAGCUUCCCCUGGCAGUUCUGGUCCCCCCAUCCCUUCUGUGGCAGUAUUCUGAGGAGCAGCUCGUCCUCCUGGGGCUGACGGGGGCUGGAGCUGAGCUCUCCCCUCUGCAGGGACGAACGCAACUGCCUGCAGAGCCCUGAGGUCCCCAUGGGUGUCCUGAGCUGCAUGAAGUACCUGAUGUUCAUCUUCAACGUGCUGGUGUUUGCCGGGGGGAUCUGCCUGCUGAGCGUGGGGGUCUGGGUGGCUGUGGACCCGGCUGGUUUCCAGGACAUUGUGGCUGCCAAGCCUGUGCUGAGUGUGGGCGCCUACCUGCUGCUGGCUGUGGGCAUCGCCCUCUCGCUGCUGGGCUUCCUGGGCUGCUGUGGGGCGCUGCGCCGGAGCCGGCCGCUGCUGCUGGUGUUCUUCGUCCUCGUGAGCCUCGUCUUUGUCACACAGCUCGUUGGGGCUGUGCUCUUCCUGGCACACUGGAAGCAGGUGGCACUGGUCCCACAGAUCCGGCCAGAGCUCUUCCUGUUAGAGCUGCGAAGGAAUUACUGCGGGGAUGAAGGCGCUGAGGUCUUCUCCGUGGCUUGGAAUACCCUCAUGGUGACAGUGAGUGGCCAGGAGGCCCCUGCUGAGUUCUCCUGUUGUGGCGUUUUAGGACCUGAAGAUUUUGGGAACGGCUCCCACUUUCAGGAGCUGCACCCUGGGACGCCCUGGCCGCAGGCGUGCUGUGCCCGGGAUGGGCUCCUGCAGGCAGGAGAGCUGCUGAGCUGGGAGCAGUGCCAGGAAAGGAGCCCUGGCUACAUCCAUGAGCAGGGCUGCUUCCCCACCUUCAGCAAGACCUUGCAGAAGUACAUCUCUGUCCCCGGGUUGUGCAGCUUGGCCGUGCUGGGCAUCGAGAUCUUCGCUAUGUUCUUCGCCUUUUGCCUUUACUACAACUUUGACUGAUGCUGGGAGCAGCUCUCCAGGCUGCUGGCAGCGCAGCAGAGAUGAACCAAAUGCCUUGGGAACAGCAGCAGGCAAGGACGCUCUGUUUUCUUGCAUAUCUCAGCCCAGCUGUGCAGAUCAGUCGCCUUGCUGAGUCCUGCAUCUGCUCCAGUGCGUGGGUAAGGAUGAGGUGGCUCAUUAUCCUGGAGCAGGGACAGGGCUCAGGUUCAAAUCUUUACACACAUCUACGUAGACACGGAGGCCAAGCAUCAGAUUUGCUCCUGCUGCCAGGCAAACAGCUGUGACAACACAGAGCCCUGCCUCCAAAACCUCCUGAGCUGCUCUACCACCAGGACGCCUCCAUCCAUCCAUCCAUCCAUCCAUCCAUCCAUCCAUCCAUCCAUCCAUCCAUCCAUCCAUCCAUCCAUCCUCCCCAGCUCUGUUCCACCACCCCUCGCUGCCCCCCUCCACCCCUCUGGACCCUUUUUCUCCUCUCUCAGCCCUUCCCUCUCCUCUGCUCUUUUUCUCUGUGCAGCUCCUGG